AUGUCUUCGGCGUCCCUACUAUCUUCUGACAUGGAGUCACGGACGAUCCACGAUUUAACUGACGAUCUCCUCGUUAAGAUCUUUUCGCGCUCUUUGGAACAACCGGCGUCACACGAGUCCCCCUUGGACAGCUUCACCACUGAGCCAAUAGUCACGCCGGUACCCGCCCCUCCUCCAGCCGCAGACGCGGCCCAUAAUCUCCUCAUCGCGGCCGUCUUCCGUCGUUGGCGCGGUCUGGCCAAGUCUAGAGUGACCACGCUCUCCGUUAAAGAAGGCCUCGUGGUGUCCCGCGAAGAUCUCUCAGCCGCCGUUUCGUGCUUCCCCAACCUCACCCAUCUUCAUCUCAGUGGCAACAGCGUAGAAUCUCUCGACAACUCCUUUCUUGCUCACCUCGCGUCAGCAGGUGCUUACCAUGUGGUGGACAUCUCUGGGCUGUCACAGCUGAGGGUGCUGAAGCUGAACCGCGAUGGGGUGCGAUGUGGGACUGCAGUGGGCGGCAGGUUGUCGUGUCUGCAGCAGCUGGAGCAGCUGGAAAUGCGCUUGGGAGAUGAUGGCAACCCCAAGCUGUGCAAGUUCUGUGGCAAGAAGUUCGAGGGCGGAACAAACCGCUGUGCAAUCCAUCUCGUGACAUGGAAAGGGCAGGAGAAGCGCGCUGUGGCGUUAUGCAAGGACGCGCCCACGGCAGUCCGCGAUGAAGUCCGUGGCAUGUACGAGACCAAGGCGGAACAUCAGGACUUGAAGCGAGGGGCGGCCGCUGCUGCAAUUCACUCCGCGCUUGACGCUGUCAGUGGAAACCCGGAGAAAAAGAGCAAAAUUACGGAUUUCUUUGGCAAUGAGGCGACGUGCGCCAAGGAGGACGCGGAUAACGCGCUUUGCCUUCUGUUCGCGGCGCUGAAACUUCCGGAGCGCAUUGCGGACGAUCCGGUCUUCUGCUACGCGGUCCAGUGCAUUGCGCGCGCUGGACCUGGGUACGUCCCUCCUAAGAGGCGCUACAUUGGAGGGGCAGGCUUGAAGAAGGUGCGGCAGAAAAUGGAGGUCGCGCUCGCCCCCGUUGCCGCGAGCUGGAAGCGGGACGGGGUAACGGUGUCGUCGGACAUGAUGACCGACCGUUGUGGCCGCCCGCAGGCCAACGUGCUCCUUGUCAACGACUCCGGCGCAGUUUUCGAGCAGGCGGUGGACUGCAACAUGGAGUCGAAGACCGGGGGGUACAUCGCCAGCCUUCUCCGCCCCGUCAUUGAUAAGGUGGGGCCGGAGAAUGUGGUGGCGGUCUGCACCGAUGGCGGCAGCAACUAUGCAUCGGCCGCCAAAAAGAUUGCGAGCACAUGGCCGCACAUUGAGCAUGUGCCAUGUGCCACGCAUGUCCUGGACCUGAUGAUGGAAGAUAUGGGCAAAAUGGGAUGGGCGAAGGGGCUUGUGGAGAAAGGAGGGGAGAUGAUUACCUUCGUGCGCAACCACCACUUUACCCGUGCCUAUAUGAAGAAAGUGGGGGGGAAGCAGGUGCUCAAGCCUGCGGGAACCAGGUUCGGGACACAAUACAUAGCCAUGGCCCGGCUAUGUGAGGUGAGGAGUGGGCUGGCGGCGAUGGUGCUCAGCGACGAGUGGAAGGUGUGGGCAGCGGCGGACAAGGAUAGGAAGACAGCAGCUGAGAAAUUCAGGGCUGCUGUGAUGGAUGAGGAGUGGUGGGGGGUGGCGGAGUUCUUUACCUCUCUCAUGGCGGUGCCAUUCAAGGCCAUGCGGGCCACGGACUCUUCCGCGAAAGGCAUGAUGGGUAAGCUGUAUGACAUCAUGCUACAGCUUACCGAGGACAUCAAUGACAAGCUCGACGCUUCAAGUGACUUCUUGACUCGGACAGAGAGGGCAGACAUCACCAAGAUUGUGAAGGACAGGUGGGACAACUCCCUUGCCUGCCCCAUGCAUGUGGUUGGCCGGAUCCUGAAUCCGGCCAACCAGGAGGAGGGAAUUUUCAGGAACGAUGUGGAGUGCACGCGGGUGUUCAAGGACUACAUCGAGCGCCACUAUGACAACAAGACCUUCAAGCGUGGCAAGGAUGGCGCCCCUCGCCGCGCCUCCCUUGUGCUGCAGGAGGCAUUGCUGGCCUACAUCAACAUGGAGGGCAGCUUUGGCAAGCCGGGCGCCAUUUCUGCAAGGGAGGCAAUGAAGAAGGGGGAGAUGACCAUGGUGCAGUGGUGGUCGUGGCACAGCACCGAGUAUCCUGAGCUUGCCGCCCUCGCAUGCCGGGUGCUCACUCAGCCCGUCUCGGCUUCCCCAUGCGAGCGUGGCUGGGCGCAGUGGGAAGGCGUCCACACCGCCCGCCGCAACCGGCUCGGGUCCGCCAAGUGUGCGGACCUCGUCUACAUUGCGCACAAUUUCAACGUUGUGCGCAAUUGGUACAAGAAGGAUGGGGGCAACACGGUUGUGCCCGGUAACAUCCCGGAUGCCCCUAUCCCCCCCGGCUAUAACAUGGAUGAGGAGGAGGAUGACAUGCUGGGGGAGGAAGGAGAGGAUGCAGUGCUGGCGGAUGAGUAUGGGGAAAGUGUGGUGGUGGACAAGCCCCGCAAGGAAAUCGGUUGUGGGGAAGCUAGCUAG